GACGGAAGCUCUGGGAUCCUGGAAUUGUCCGUCAUCCGAACUUUUUGUCACAUGCGCCUGUAGAAACAACAGUUGCGACCUGAACAUUGUUUGCUUUUAGACAACAGCGAUCACUUGGCGAACAAGAUCUUCCACUCGUUUGCUCCUUGUCCAACCGGAACCUCGGCAUCACCUCACCCACCAACAGCAACGACCAGCGGUUUCCCUGGUUACCUCCUUGGCAACACCUCCUCAUCAUGGUCGUCUCCCUGCCUCUCUUUAAGCUUGCCGCCCUCUUUGUGCGGCAUAUCUCCAAAUAUGGCGCCAACCACAUCAAACACCAAGCCCAUGAACACCCUCGAUUCCGCGCCUUCGCUGCCAAGUAUGGCCAGAUGAUACACCAACUCAACAUGCGCAUGUCCGUUCUCGCCCUCCGAAACGCCGACGCCGAACAGCGCGCAAAGGAAGCCAAAGAGAAGGCCGAAGCGCCCACCGUGAAGACGGAAGAGCAAGUGCGCAAAGAGGAGGAACUCAAAGCCAAGUACGGCGUCGUACCAAAGGAGUCGCACCCCGUCAAGCAGCCGCCCAAGAGCAUAUGGAGGCGCCAGUUCCGGCCCUUGCCCGAACCCAAGGCCGUGGACCUGUUUGCCGAUGUGAUUGGGGAUGUCUUCAUCUUGACCAUUGCCAGCUCGCUGCUGCUGUACGAGUACUACCGGUCCUCGUCAAAGCCCGAUCCGAACGUGCAGAGGAUAAAGGAUUUGGAGAAGCAGUUGGAGGAGGGAAGGAAGAGGGAGGAGGAGUUCCUCAAGAGGGACGAAGAGAGGCAGGCGAGGCUGCAGGCUAUUGAGGAUGCGCUGAGAGCGUACAAGGAUCCGAAGACGAAGAAGCCUAUCUUCCCGCCGCCACCGGCAGGCUCUUCAGAUGAGUCGGAGGAGGGCUUUGCCCUUACGAGGGUGUUCUCCGGACUUGCCGGGAAGUUGGGCUUCUAA